CUGUGACACGUACUACAAGAUAUGUAUACAAAAGAAGUACAGCACUGGAUGUUUAAUUCAGCACGAUUCAAAAACAUUCGAAAACACAAACAAUAUAAGCUUUAACAAUACUGCCUCUUGGAGUGGGACUACAAGCAGCUGGAAUUCGAAUCUGCUCGCGUUAAUUAAUCCUUUCGACAAAGAUACAUCAGGACUUGGUGAUUUGAUAGACAUAUUGAAUGCCCCCCUGUCUAUAGAGCCCGGAUAUAGUCAGAGCUGUCCAGGUGACUAUACAAUUGUGAAGACGAACCACACGAGUCUAACCAUACAAAUGCAGGCCUGGUGUAACUCGGGUUACACGGGACCCGGAUGUAAAUUCCAUUACACUGGGACUAGCCCGUACGUCUCUUGUCAACACGGUCACUUGGGUCUGCAGUGUUCAAAUGAAGAACCGGUUAUCGUUAGAUACACAUCCUACACAUCGGCUUCCAUCAGGUCAAUUCAGACAUUUCAAAGAUACAUUGCUGCCUUCCUUAAACAACACGUAUGUGAUACAAUGCAACUUUAUGAGAAACGGUCUCUGUGGUCUUAUUCAAGGCUCGGUUUCACUGCGAAGUGUGGCAACAGAAGUGUGGAGCCCAUAGUUAUACAGGCGGCGUUAGCCACAGAGGGAUACGGGAACACAGGGAGCCUGAAAUUUGUCCCAACGACACUGAACAACUACCACACAGGGAUGGCCGUAGCUGCGAUUUUUGCGGUUAAGAUUCAAACCUACGCAAACACUGAUCGUUCCAGUGAAACUCCUGGAACACCAGUCAGGAAAUGUUGUGACGGCGGCAGUCUUCCCCAUUGUGAUACCGACACGUGUGACACACAUUUCAGGAUCUGUGUCAACAACGACUCACACAACGCCGGAACUGGGAGCUGUAUCAACACAAACAUCAGACCAGACACUAACCAGCUCGCCAGUUGUGGAGAUUUACGUGUAAAUCAGGCUACCAACCAGUUGGAUUUUGCAUCUACGUACAUUUCAGUUACGGACACAUGGACCUGGAACAAUACGUACAUUCACGUCGAAGCGAGAGACGCUGAUGAUGGAGAUAAGUAUGACGUCAUAGACACCCUUACGUUAAAAAAGGAUCUGACCCCCGGGUAUUGGGAUCUGUCAAACGCGGCCUCGGUAUCAGUUCUACUCCAAGGUCACGUCAGGCUGAGCCUAAGGUUGUUGGUCAGGUGUGGCGCCAAUAGGUACGGGAAGAAUUGUGACGUACAGUGUACAGCCAGCGGACAUAGGUCAUGUGACCCAGAUACUGGCGCCACGAUCUGUCAAUCUGGUUACACGGGAAGUGACUGUCACGACAUCGACGAGUGUAAGGAACACUACUGUCACGGACCUGGUACACUUCACUGUACCAACAGACGUGGGUCCUACCAGUGUGGCUGUAAUACUGGCUGGACGGGGAAAAACUGUUCACAAGAUGUCGACGAAUGUCAACACCAUCCCUGUCAACAUGGAGGUACUUGUAAUAACACAGUCGGAUCUUACAUAUGCACGUGUCACGGAUUUCAUGGACAGAACUGUGAACGUGACAUAGACGAGUGUCAGCCAAACAAUCCCUGUCAACACGGAGGCACGUGUCACAACACACGAGGGUCAUACACGUGCUCCUGUCACGGCUUCACAGGACAAAACUGUUCACAAGAUGUCGACAAAUGUCAACAAAAUCCAUGUCAACAUGGCGGUACCUGUAAUAACACUGUUGGGUCGUACACGUGUUCAUGUCACGGAUUUAGUGGACAGAAUUGUGAAAAUGAUAUAAAUGAAUGUACCAACGUAACUUGUCCACACAAAAACGCGCAUUGUGUGAACAAUAUCGGAUCUUACACGUGUCAGUGUAAUACAGGGUGGGCAGGUAGCCAGUGUAAUACAGACGUAGAUGAGUGUAAACAUAAUCCCUGUAAACAUGGAGGCACGUGUCACAACACACCAGGGUCAUACACGUGUCAGUGUAAUACAGGGUGGACGGGUAGCCAGUGUAAUACAGACGUAGAUGAGUGUAAACAUAAUCCCUGUAAACAUGGAGGCACGUGUCACAACACUGACGGAAAUUUCACGUGUCAGUGUAAUACCGCCUGGACUGGAUGGAGCUGUUCUGAGGAUGUCAAUGAAUGUCAUACUAUACAUAAUUUAUGUCAAAAUGGUGGAACCUGUACCAAUAAUCCAGGCAGGUAUAAAUGUACAUGUAAGACUGGUUGGAAAGGUGUUAACUGCUCGACAGAUAUCAAUGAAUGUGACGAACACGUGUGUAAACACAACGCCACCUGUACCAAUACUGGGGGUGGCUUUAACUGUACGUGUAAAGAGGGUUGGCAGGGUAAUACUUGUGAGCGUGACAAAGACGAAUGUCGUAACAGCCCUUGUCACAAUGGGGCUACUUGUCAAAACAACGCCGGAUCGUAUAGGUGUGUCUGUAGGAGUGGCUGGUCAGGACAUCACUGUGACGUGGAUAGAGAUGAAUGUAAACUGACAAAAAUGUGUCAUCAUGGAUCGUGUCUUAACACCAAUGGAAGUUACGUGUGUAACUGUGAUAGUGGUUGGGGCGGCCAGAACUGUACAGACGAUACCAACGAGUGUCUAACUAGUCAGCCCUGUCUUAAUAACGGACAGUGUAUUAACACGCCAGGAAGUUACCAGUGUAGCUGUACAACACACUGGGCUGGCCAGCAUUGUUCACAAGAUGUCGAUGAAUGCAAACUACCGAACCGCUGCAACGGAAGUGACGUCUGUAUUAACUACCCUGGUGGCUUCAUGUGUUCUCAUCAUACAGAGAGUAGUACAACAUCCCAGGAUAAGAAUUCGAAUUCCGAGUAUUCCCCAGAAUCCUAUAUGAGUGUCAUCAGCCUUGAAUGUUCUGCUAACGCAUGGAAAGUUCGGAUAUAUCUUCCCGAGCUUUACAAGCGCCACAUCGACUUUGAUCCUACCGACAUAUACCUUGGUGAGGCGGGUUGCCAGGGUUACCGAUCAGGGGACUAUCUGGUUAUAUACCAACAGUAUAAUGACUGCCGUACUCAUCACAGCAUAACUACCGGAAGUGACGUAUAUGCCAACAUCCUAGUUUAUGCAAUCAGGGACGCCAACUACAAGUUCAUCAUAAGAGAUUACCGGUUCCGCAUAGACCUGGAAUGCAAUAUGGCCAAGCACGAGACAAUAUCGCAACAUUUCAUAGAGACACAAAACCGGGUACAUACGCGCAAUAAUAACCCACAAACUUCAGGUUAUGGACAUUACAGCAUCUCAAUGACAUUUUACAGGGACUCAAACUACCUACAGCAUAUGAGCGAUAACUCGAUCAUGGCCGAUAACCCGCUCUCGGCUGACAUUGGGAAAGACAUUUACGUCAAACUCACCACAUCCGUAACAGAAACAGAUGUUAAGAUGAGGGUCGAGUCCUGUUACACCCUCCCCUCCCCGGGGGCGGGGGACCAUCUCAAGUUCUACCUCAUUAGGAAUGCGUGUGCUAUUGACGUUAACACACGUGUACUAUACAUGUCGUCUCACGAGACCAGACUCGUAUUCCGAGAUUUCGUGUAUGCGACUGAUCAGGGCAACUUGUAUCUAUACUGCACUGCCACGUUCUGUAACACGACCGACUUCUCAUCCAUGUGUGACCAACAGUGUCGUCACAGAUCACGACGUUCAGUCUUAACAGCAUCCGGGACGUACCUAUACAAGGCGACGACAUCUGGCGUCGUGCACCGACCUAUUGGCCUUAGAAGAAGUAUGGUUGGCAAACCGGACGUGGAAGAAGCUUCCGGUCAUGCGCAGGACACCAGUUUCAAUAGCAUUAUAUUUGUAGCAGCAUUAUUGAUAGGUGUGGUGGUUUUGUCAUGUAGUGUUGUGAUACGGGUCACACGAGGUCGCCUGCAGCUGGACCCAGGACAGUGAAUACAUGGUCGUAUUGUCCGACACAGACCAGACAACACAUACACUGAUUUGUCUUUUAUUUAUGAAAGUAAAACAUAUAAUUUAACAACGAUUUUAAUAAUAUUUUGUUUGAUCUGUUGCAAACGUUAAAUUGCAAAAUCUCAAAAUAAUUUGUAUAAAUAAAACUUGUUCUCACAAAAAGAAUAUUAAAAUUAAU